AUAGAUGCUUUAUGUGGUUUUGGAAAGAUGCAAUAGCAUUAUCUGCUAUCAGUUACUCCCACAGACGGUUUAAUGCGAGUAAUCCAGCGCUAAUUACUUGGUGAAGAUACUCUGAACAGCUGCUUUAUGUAGAACAUGACUUUGUCCUCGAGGUCAGAUCUGUACGCCUUAUAAGCCAAUCGCCUUCAAGCGUGAGCCAAAUAAAAAAAAACACACACACAAUUUCAUGUUUUUUUAUUCAACCUGCCGUACUAAAUAAAUCACCCACAGAGAGUGACAAAAAAUGGAGUCGGGCUCAAAAUGCCUGGAUGCCACUGACUGUCCAAAAGGAUAUUUAUAGGCUCGGAGAUCCCAGAGCCACAAUAAAAGGAGAAAGAGAGAAAGAAAAAAAGAUUAGAAGACUGACUCUGUGAAAUAUGGGAUCUCUCUAGAAAUGUCCCAUUAAUGGGCUUGAAUUACAGUCCUCUCUAGCGAGCCAUUCUUGCGUGGCCUCAUCAUUUUGCCUAAUAAUUUCACACAGAGAGUCUUUAAACUGCAAACAACUCCACAGGCCCUUCAGACAGGACCAGGCCUAGGGUUAGGAGAUGGUUAUAAACGUGCAACCAGAUCUGGAUCAGCCGUCUAAGCCCAACAAGAAUGUGAGUCUCGCUCAUUGGAAGUUAAAGAUAGAGGCAACACAUGCUGGAUCCUGACUGGCUCUUAUUUCAGUCGGCUGCCAAGAACUCUAUGGGCCGCUUUUGUUGUGUUUCGUCCUGACGAAAAGCAUUAUUAAAAGUUGUGGACUCGUUGUGGUCGCUCAUAAAUAAGCGAGAAGAGGACCAUGGUGCUUUCCGAAGGAAUGAUUGAAGAAUCAGGCCGCAACAGCAGCGCCAUGGCAGACAGAAGACAACUGUUUGCUGAAAUGCGUGCACUAGAUCUGGACUCUAUCAGAUUGUCCACAUAUAGGACAGCAUGCAAACUGAGAUUCAUUCAGAAGAGGUGCAAUUUGCAUUUGGUGGAUAUCUGGAAUAUUAUCGAGGUUUUCCGGGAAAACAGACUUAACUCCAUGGACCUCAACACAGAGUUCUCAGUGUCACAUUUGCAAGCAAUACUGUCAACCAUCUAUUACCAGCUGAACAAGCGCUUGCCCACAACCCACCAGAUCAAUGUAGACCAGUCCAUCUCGUACCUCCUCAACUUCCUGUUAGCGGCCUACGACCCGAAAGGCAUGGGAAAGAUGUCGGUUUUUGUGGUAAAGAUGGCUCUGGCUGCCCUCUGUGGAGGGAAGAUUUUGGAUAAAUUAAGAUAUGUAUUUUCACAGAUAUCUGACCCAAACGGAGUGAUGAUAUACUCCCAGUUUGACCAGUUCCUAAGGGAGGUGCUGAAACUGCCCAUGACGGUUUUUGAGGGACCAUCUUUUGGGUACACUGAGCAGUCCACAAGAACCUGCUUUCCACAAGAGAAAAAGGUCUCGCUCAAUGUGUUUCUUGACACGUUCAUGUCGGAUCCUCCUCCUCAGUGUCUGGUUUGGUUACCGCUGAUGCAUCGGCUGGCAAACGUUGAGAACGUCUUCCAUCCUGUGGAGUGCUCCUACUGCCACAGCCAGAGCAUGAUGGGAUUUCGCUACCGGUGCCAACAAUGUGAUAAUUACCAACUCUGCCAAGAGUGUUUCUGGAGGGGUCAUGCCUCGGGCAGCCAUAGCAACCAGCACCAGAUGAAGGAGUACAUGUCAUGGAAAUCUCCAGCUAAGAAGUUGUCGGACGCUCUCGGUAAAUCUCUGAGUUGUGCCACCAGUCGAGAGCCUUCUUACCCGGUGUUCUCCGAUACACCUGAGAAACCACUCAACUUCACUCAUGUCGGGGACACAUGGCCUCCCAGACCCAUGACCAGUGGAAAUGAAUACAUGCUCUCUCACUCCAUGCCUUCCUCAGGAAACCCUUACUCCAGCAAAACAGGUGCUCACGAUGAGACUAAGCAAAUGAAGCUGUUUUCCCGGACGGCCCCAGAUCUUUUAAAAGGGAAAGGGGUUCAGUACAGCCUCGAUAUUGCGGAUAGGCUUGCUGAUGAGCACAUACUUAUCGGACUUUAUGUGAAUCUCCUCCGAAAGGACCGUUCAUGUAUUCAGGAGAGCUGUAAAAACCAAGAUGAUGAGCACUUCCUUAUUGCACGUUACGCCUCCAGAUUGGCUGCUGAUGGAGCUGCAGCGAAGACCAGAGUCCCGGCGGACAUCUCUCUCUGUCUGGACUCUAAUAAACAGCAACGACAACUUAUCGCUGAGCUAGAGAACAAGAACAAGGAGAUUUUGCAAGAGAUCCAACGCCUGAGACAACAACAUGAAGAAGCUUCCCAGCCUCCGUUAGACAAAAGCCAACAAAACCCAACGUUACUGGCUGAACUGAGACUGCUCAGGCAGAGGAAGGAGGAGCUGGAGCAGAGGAUGUCGGCUCUUCAGGAGAGCCGUCGAGAACUCAUGGUCCAACUAGAGCAGCUCAUGCUUCUGUUAAAGGAAGAAGAGCUAAAAAGAGCUAACCAGGGUCCUGGCCCCUCCCCUCGCUCCUCCCCCAGCCACACCAUCAACACAUCCAUCCAAUCAGUGUCCGGCAAUACCACACCCAUCCCCAUGCCCGUCCAAUCAACAUCCGGCAAUACCACACCCAGUCAGACACCUCAGGACUCUCUCAUGGGCCUGGGAGGAGAGGUGCAGCAGGCCUUCGCUCAGGGCUCCAGGAGGAACUUCAGAAAUGAUCUCCUGGUAGCUGCAGACUCCAUAACCAACACAAUGUCUUCACUGGUGAAAGAGCUUAACUCAGAGGCGGGGAGUGAAACAGACAGCAUCUCUGACCUCACGUUCCCAACAUCAGACGUUCUCCACGCCAGGAGCGCUUCAAGAUCAGGGGCAGCAGGUGCGCUGGAGGCUGGGGAUUUCUAUGGACAUGAUCUAGAAAAGCAGCUGAACCGAGAGCUGAAGAUGGAGGAGCGACUCAGACACACGCAGGAACAGGACAAGAACCUCCUGGUGACCUUACAAGAAUAGCUGGGUUUUAGUGAGCAUGGGAGGAAGAUUGAGCGACUCUGAAGCACUGAGCUGAGCUGGAACAUACAGUACCACACUUCUGAAAACAUCAACAAUACUGUGGGACACAACCCAGUCUAUAAAUAUAGAAAUAUAUUUUUAGAAUCUGCAAGAUGUUUUAAGACAAUACUGUGAACCGACUUUGGAAAUUACAAAUAAUGGAACUGUCUACAACACCGCCAGUGCCAUAAAUCCAGUGAUUAUGAGAUUAUUUCAUUUCCUUGGCGUUUACGUGUUCGGUUUGGUUUAUUUCUGUGUGUAUCUGUUCAAACUUGUACUGUAUUUAAAUAUCUGUUGGGUAAAGUGGGGGGUGGUCUUUGAUGAAGCUGCUAUCUUUACAAACGACAUCUUUUAUUGUGCAUCAAGAGCAGAAUAGCCUGACCUGAUGCUCCUUUAAAGCAUAUAAAAUAGUAGGAUUAUGUUGUAGCUUCAGUUCUCUUUGAGAGUGGAAUGAUUUGAGAUUGAUUGAUUUGAUACACAAAUACACUGCCUUAGCUUAUCAGACUUAUUUUAAUAGCUGGAUAGGUGUGAGUACUUGGUUGCAAUUUAUUCAUAUUUAAAGUCAUUUUAAUAAAUACAGGUGAAUCUCGUAUGUCACCAGGUCACAUUUAAUGUUAUUUAACUUUAUUUUUAACAAAUUCAGUAUGUUUUGCAUGAAGAGAAUAAAGCCUAUUUUUAGGACCAUUUAAAUUUCCCUCAUAGUGACAUUAUUUUCAUAUGUUUUUAUUUAAAUCAGCCUACAUUUAAGGUAGUAAUAACAAAUGAUGUGUAUAAAUACAUAUAUACAAUUUAUUAGAAAGUAUUGCAAUAAUGAUUUAUAAAUAAUGAUUUUUAAAUUAUUACUUAUUUAAUUAAUUAUUUAUUCUCUUUAUGCAAAAUAUAUAGCUUUUUUUCCCUUUGGGUUUUAAAGUCUAUUGCAGGUUUUUUUUUUUUUUUUUUUUUUUUUUACAGGUUUCAUUAGAUUCACCCAAAACUUUGUACCUCUGCAUUCAGUGGAACAUGCUUUUUUGACUCCAAAUGGCACACAGUUAAUUUACCAUGCUCUGUUAUUCAAUUUGCAACAUUUUAAAUGUUUUAAGAAAUGAUGAAACAGGCAUUUUUAAGGCGAAAAUAUGUGACAGCAUCUGACACUACUGAAUGUGCUGUUAUGUCGAUCAAGGACUGACAAGAUGCCUUUUGGUGUAAGAUAUGUUGAUCUAGAACAGAAUUUUCAUGCUUGAAUUGAUUUUGUUAGUGAAUAUGAAUUCCUCGUAAAGACCGUCUCUAGUAGACGGGUUAAGAAAGACUGGUUGGGCUUUGACCAUCUCCAGAUUUGGACAUUGAUGUGUUUUUUUUCUUUUGUUGAUAUUCUACUGUCACACUGCAGCACUCACAUAUUUCUCACUGUUUACUGUUACCAGAAAAAAAAAAAAAGAAAAAAAAAAAAAAAAGCAGCAUCUGCACCCUGCUGCCAACCAUUGCACUUUCCAGUGAUUUUGCAUGGUCCUAAAUAAAAAUAUUAUGUUGUACAAGUAUCA